AUGCAACAACCAGAUGAAGAGUUUAUAGAGACUGUUGUCAUUUUAGCAAGAGAAGAAGAGAAGCAGCUGAAACAUAAAGAAAAUAAUAAUAAUAAUAAUAAUAAUAAUAAUAAAUCAUCAUCAAAACAACAAUACAAAAAGUAUAUUAUAGAUAAACCUGAACAAGUAGUAUCAUGGUUACUCUAUUUAAUAGUAAACGGGACUUACCCAACUAUUAAAGAUAAAGCAAUACAGUUACUUUCUAGACAUUUGACAAAAGAAGGAAAACAUCUUAUUAGAGUAUUGUCAAAAGAAGUAUUAGAAGCUUUAAAGGUUGAAACAAUCGAGUUGCUAAAGACAACAACAAAUCUUACAGAUACUUUUGGACGUCAUUUAUUUAGAAUCAUUGAAUCACUUGCAAUUUAUUUAUUACCUAGAUGUAGUUGGAAUGAAUUGGAUAUAAUUAUAAAUGGAAAAGAGGGAGAAGGAUUAAAAGAUAAUGAAAGAGGAUUGAUUAAAGUAUUAUCAAAGUAUGAUAACUUUAAAAAGGAGAAACAAGAAAUGUUGGUAAAGAUGAUCAACAAGUUUGAUUUUUUUAAACGUCAGUCAGAUGAUCAGUAUAGAUCAUAUAUACCUAUACUGUUAUCAAUGCUAGUACAAAUCGAUCUAGAUACUCAAAAAGUAUUCUUUGACAAUCUUUUACGUAACCUGACUAGUAUCCUUAUUAGAGACUAUCCAGAUCCAGCAAUGCAUCAACUCAUUCAACAAAUCAUAGACACCAUGAUUCAAUUGUUUUUUAAAGGAGACCAUGCAACUAAAAGUAUCAUGUUUCCCAAUUUCUUUCAAAUAGCUUCUAGAUCUCCAAACAAAUUUACAGACCAUCACCUUGAAAGAAUUAUCUCUUGUAUGUACGAGUGGUUGUCCAAUGUAAAAGACAUUGAAUUGGAAGAGUGGACAGAUAGCAGUUCAAAGAUUGAACAUUAUCAUGAUCUCAUACCGAGGAAUCCAACCAGAGAUAUAGACUAUCACCUAGACAAUCGUUUGUUGGAUGUUAUUUCUCAUUUUGGUCGAUUCUUGCGUGUACUUGGUCAGGAUCAUCGAGCACAAGUACACAUUUUCAAUCAACUCAACGUCCUUUUAAAUUCUCAACAACACUCUUGGAAACAAAGAUACUCUGCUUUAAUUAGUUUAUCUAAAUUCUACGACUCGAUCAAUCCUGAUAUUUUGACACAACAAUUUCCAAUUAUUUUUAAAUUAGUAUUAAAAUUAGUUGUUAAUGAUGAAAAUAUUAGAGUUAGAUGGGCAUCAUUACAAUGUUUAAUUCAAUUUACAAAAGAAUUUAAAGAAUUGAUGAUUGAAUCAAGUGAUGAAAUAUUUCAAGCGAUUGUUGGAAAACCAAUGAACGACCCAAAUGAAAGUAUACAAACUCGUUGUUGUAUAUUGAUUAAAGCAAUGAUCGAUAUGGAUGUUAUCGUUGACGAUAAUGUAAAGGAGGGAUUAUAUAGAUUAUUUGAAAGACUAUUUCAAUCACCAAAAUUAGUUAUCGUUGAAAAUGCAUUACUAUCAUUUAUAUCAGUAUUAAAAACUGGUUCUAAAAUAUUUAUACAUUAUUCUGGAAAUAUUGUUGGUAUUUUAUUAAAUUUGUUUGAAAAACAUUAUAAAUCAAGAAUAUUGUCAAGUCGUUUAAUCAAGGCAUUUUCAUUGUGUAGCUAUAUAAUGCGCGAGACAACAUUUUCAAAAGACUUGAACAAAUUUAUGCAGUUUGUCAGAAAGAAUGAAAAGUCGAUUGAUUUGAUCGAUGUUUUCAGAGCGUCUAGUUUGUUUAUGCAAAUGGCUGGUAAAUCGUUUGCAGUGUAUUUACCAAUGCUCAUUAGGAUGGCUAUCAAGAUACUAGAGACACCGUUACCCCAGUGGGGAAUAACAGAAGAAUCAUCACUCAACAUUGAAAGGAUUACCAAGACACUGGAUAGUUUGAAUGACGGUAUCAUGUUUGAAUCGUAUUAUAUAGACUAUAUACCAUUGGCUCCAUUCGUUCAUGGGCUAGCAGUCGCACUAUGUUAUUUGGUCCAAUGUCGAAUCAGUGCAGAGAUCCGAAACCGGUCCUUUGAUAGUUUACCUACUUGUGUCAAGCUGUCUAAACUACAUUUUGGUGCACGUAGUGACAAGACACUCGGAUUAUUUGGUAUGUCUCUCAAUACAGUACUUUUAUUGUGUCCUGUUGAACCAUGCCUAUUUGUCAUAUCAAGUGCUUUGGACAUUGCAACCACUCUUAUAAGAGUGAUGGGUAAAGAAGCAAUGACACUUGACCAGACUAGAUUAGUGCUAGACACAUUUACCAAGGUCGAGAAAAGAAUGUACUAUAUUGCAGAGCAAGUGCGUGGUGGCAACGAAGAGAUAGUAGCUGACGAUGAAGACAUUGCAGAUGUUCCUACUCUAACCGUUGAAGCGUUGUCCAGCGGAUACGAGAUGAUUGGCAUGCUCCUCAAACAAAACAGUGUCAUGGCAGCACCCCUCAUCACAUCUGAUCUCUUGGUAAAGUCUUGUCAAAAGUUACGAGACAACCAAGAAGAACAAGGUGAUCAAGAUGAUAAUGAUGAUGACGAGGAGGAGGGUAUCGGGCAAGAAGAAGAAGAAAGGAGAAUUAUCAAUGAAGGAAUCCUCUCCUUUUUGGUACGCUAUUGUGAGUAUGGUGGUGAAGAUGCCAUCAACACAUUUCCACAGAUCAUACCAACUAUUAUCAAGUGUCUUACACUAACUGGUGUCAUGGAACAAAAUUCUGCUUCCUAUGCACUUGGAGUGGCAGCACAAAUUACCAAAGACAGAUUCUCACCUUGGGUAAUGCAAGUAUUACAGGCGUUUGACAUUAUCACCUAUGCACCAAAUGCAUAUGUAGAGGAUAAAAAAGAUGUCACGGAAACUGUCAUUGUGAGUGUUGGUAGAAUCAUUAGAAAUGUGCCACAAGUUGCCAGUCAUGUCUGUACCAUUAUUCCAAAAUGGUUGAACCAUCUUCCCCUCACUCAUAAAGACAGUUUCCUUGCCACUUUUCAACCCCUCUCCGAAGAAAAAGAGAUAUCCCUUGUCAUUGAUAACCUUUGUACCAUUAUCCGUCUCUAUCCCAACCAAUGUUUUGGUAAAGAAUACCAACACGUUGCCAAGAUACACCAAAUCAUCCAAAACUAUUUGGCACGAUGUCAAAGAUUUGAGAAAAUAAUACUCAUUCGGGCUUGGUUAUUUAUCAAAGAUUCAAUCCAAUCAAAUUGGGAUAUUAUUCCAUUAGAUACAAAAGACCAGCUAUCAAAUUUAAAAGAACUUGCUCGCGAAUAA